AUGACUGAAGCCAAUGCCAUUAUGCCAUGUAUGUUCAUCAAAGACUUGGGAAUCUUUGGGAUCAAAUACAAGUCCAAAAAAGCACAGUGGCUUGUGAUUGUUGAAGGAGGGAUGAGCAGCAGUAUGAGCACAACAACAGAAGAAUCAGUGCAUGAUUUGCUUCCCAAGUUCAGAUUCCAUCCCUCUGAGGAGGAAAUGGUGAACCUUUUGAUGAAAAAGGUGGAGGGCCAGGACUCCCAAGCCAUGCCUGAUGAAAUCGUUUACAAGCCUUCGGAUUUACCUGAUAAUGAAUCUAUCCAACUUUUUCGAUGCUUCUUGAAGAGGAUGAUGCAGGGCAAGGCCUCCCAAUCCAUCCCUGAAAUCGAUGUCUACAAGUACGAGCCUUGGGAUUUAGCUGAGCUCAUGUUCCCAGACUCUCCAUAUCAACCUAGGGCCUGGUUCUCCUUCAGCCGACUUGAUUACAAAUAUGCCAACAGUCCUCGCUGCAACAGGGCCACAGGGAAGGGCUUCUGGAAAAUCACAGGCAAGCCACGACAAGUCAAGUCUCGACAACUACCCAAAUCGGUCACUUGCAAAAAGAGGACCUUGACCUUCCAUGAAGGUCGUGUGUCUAAGUCGAGGAACACCGGCUGGGUCAGGCAGGAGUACAAUCUCACUCCAACUGACCCAGGUUCUAAUCCCAAUCAGCUGAGUGGCUUUGUUCUCUGCCGCAUGAAGAAUAAGUCAACUGACAAUGAGUCUGAUAAUAAGAAGCAGCAGGAUGUUUCAAUCUGUGUUGAAUCAGCUGAUCCUGGUAUUGCUGGCUGCAUGGCCUCUAAUUCUGAGCUUGAUCAAGCUGCUGGAAUUCAUCUGAUUCCGGAGGCAGAAGAACAUCUGACAUACAAAGAGCUAGAACAUGUUCUCCUUGAAAGUGGCAAUCAGAACGAUGGUGAACCUGGUGGCUUUGUUUCAUCUGAUUUUGAUGAUAUGAUUCAAGAGCUAUGUGCUAAGGGAGGAGAAUAUCUGGAUUCACCUUCUCCUCCUGAGCGGCCUCGCCAACACCAGCUACCUCAGCUGGGAAAUGUUCCUGUUACUGGUGAUUACAUCAGCUCUAAUUCUAAUAACCAAGCUGCUGCUAUCAAUCAUAUGAUUCCACACCCAGAAGAAUUUCUGGCCUACAAGGAGGUAGAACAUGUUCCUCUUGGCAGUUGCAAUCCUGAUGCUGGUGAACCUGGUGGCUGUGUUUCAUCUAAUAUGCUUCAAAAGAUAUGUGCUCAGCUAGGAGAAGAGCUGGAUUCACCCUUUCCUCCUCCUGGGCCACCUGAGCUGGGAAAUGCUCCUUAUGUCUAUACUGAUGAAUGCAGUAGCUGGCCAUCUCCAAUUGGGGAUAAUGAUUCUUCUCUUCCAAACAAGAAUAGUAUUCCGACCAACUAUUACAGUAAACCAGUUAGCAACACUGCCUCUAAUUUCGAGAAUCAAACUAGGAGUUCAGAGGUUUAUUCUCAAGCAGAAGAAAAUCUGGAAUCGUUCUUUCGUCAAUUUGAGCUAGAGGGAGAUUUUCUGCAUGCCAAUAACUAUAUUGGAUGCAAUGAGUCGCAAUAUGCGACUCUUUUCCCACAAAGUUCUUGAAUAACAGAAACAUCAUAAACUCUUUUCAAUGACUACAACAUACUAAAAUCAUUGGAAAAGGUUUAUGAUGGGUGUGGGAGCGAUUUUCGUUCCCAAAAAAGAGUAAAAGACAAUACAGAGUAAAAGAUAGUACAGAGUAAAAGACCACACCCGUGGGUGUUAGUCAAAGACCCUCCGAUGCCUAAGUUAGGACAGAGUAAAAGACCACACCCGUGGGUGUACCCUCCGAUGCCUAAGCGAUGCCUAAGCGAUGCCUAAGUGAUGCCUAAGCGAUGCCUAAGCGAUGCCUAAGUGAUGCCUAAGCGAUGCCUAAGCGAUGCCUAAGUGAUGCCUAAGCGAUGCCUAAGCGAUGCCUAAGUGAUGCCUAAGCGAUGCCUAAGCGAUGCCUAAGUGAUGCCUAAGCGAUGCCUAAGCGAUGCCUAGAGUUUGUGCGAUGCCUAAGUGAUGCCUAAGCGAUGCCUAAGUGAUGCCUAGAGUUUGUGAGAGAGGAUUUCUGCAGAGUUUCAGACAUAAGUUUAGACGUACCUCAACCCUUGGUAUAGCCAUGUAUUUAUAGGAGCCUCAGAAGCUAGGGUUUCCGAAGAAUAAUUCCACAGAUAGAAAGAAAUUAUUCUUCCCCGAUUUAGAGAGAUUGAUUUAAUUAGGGAUACGAUUAAAAUCAAAUCUCCAAUUAGGGUAAGAAUCAAAUCAUCCUAAUUUGGUCAAAUAAUUCCCAAAUUGAUUGGCUUAAUUAUUUGACCUAGAUCCGUAGAUAUUUUGCUUCCACAAGUGGGGUACAACAGUGACUCUGACACUAAAGUACUCCAUGGAAAGAUUAUCUGUAUUAGCUAUUGGAGAGAAACACAACAUUUUAUUUAUAGGAGAAUAUCAAAGGGGACUUAUAAACCACAAGAGUCCUUGUAAGAAUGUGUCUCCAACUCACGUUAUUAUCGACAGUGAUAUUCUCCUACAAAUAAUUCAACUGUGUUGAGUAAAACACUCACAUUUGUCUAGGCUUUGGAAACUUGUUCGUAGUUUUAGACAUUUAUAUCCAGGAUAAACGACACAAGUUACUAGUCUGUCACAGACGGCAAGGGUUAUGUCCAAGAUCUUUGAUGUGUGUGUAACCCAAAAAAAGAAAGAAAAUGUGUCCCAGCAUCCCCAAAAUUACAAAGAAAGACCAGCAAAUGAAAAUGGUUGAAAUGUUAUCAGAACUCUACCCUUCUCUGAAUGCAAUGAGUACAGAUGAAGUAAAGAUGUCUUUUCUCAGAAGCAGUCUUUUGGAGAUGGUAGUACUUCCUCUAUCAAGACAAACUACAGAUAUUCCUCAGAUCAGUAGUCUUCUUCAACUAGUAUAUCUAUCCUACAACUAGCCUCCAUUCACGUCCUCACUGAACACAUGGGAGGUGCUCCAAGAAGAAUCCGACUGCAGAGUAGUUUCACAAGACAAGGUCUGGGAAGCUGCAGCUCAUUGUAUUGUUGUUCAUACUGUUUGAAGCAGGCAUGGAAUGGGCAGCUGGCACCAAAUGCAAGGGUUCUUUUACGUUCCUGGAAGCAUCUCCUUCAUGCCAUAAACCAAGUCCCCCCAUGGUACUAUAACAGGCUUGGUUUUGUUCCACAGUCGCUAUCAUUAUAGAAGUGGCGCUGUACAGAAGCUUCUGCUACAUGGCUGCUGGAGUCUCAGUUUAAUAUGUUUGAAGAGUAAAGAUAGAAAAGCAAGCAAAAUGAGCAAUUUUGGGAUUGAAAUAUAAUGUGGAAUCCUAGGAGCAGAAUUUCCUGUGCAGAUCAGUCAACUUGAUAGAAUAUACUGUACUUCCUCAGAGCCAACCAGAUGUUGAGUCUUAUAUCAUUGGAAAGAUACGGAUGUUAGAUUUCUGUAGAAUUUUACGGUUCAUGAUUCGGACAUGUGUGGAGAGAGUAGUGGCCGUUUUAGUACAGACAGUUCGGGCAGAAUGUGU